AUGCACGCCAAAUCCACCAUUCUGGCCGCCGCCCUGGGCCUGGCCUGCACUGCCUGCGCAGAGCAAGAGAGGCCCAAGAUCUACUUCCCCCGUCACGUUAAACGACAGUUUACGAAUUCGACGAUCACGAGACAGGACACGUUCCCGGCGCCCGAGAGCACUCAGUCUGAUUCUACGCCAUCAGAUCCCUUCAGUUCGUCUUUCGGCGAUAUCCUGACGAGCCUGUCUGAUUCUCUUUUCGGCCCGUCAUCGACCAUCACAUCGACGACGCUGUUGCCCACUUCCACCAUUUCCAGCGCCCCUGACUCAGCCUCGUCUCUAUCGACUGUAUCGACGACAGUCGAAACUCUCCCCGAUGGCAGGGUGACGACCGUUAUCAUAUCGAGCACCAUCAUCUUUGACCCGACGACAGAGACAACGGAUACAACCAGUCUUGUUGCAUCUACGAGCGCGUUGCCCCCUGUCACUGUUCUGCCCACAAGCAACGAAUCGUUCACCCUCGCCACGAGUGAAGCGCCCGCGAGCUCCCAGGCGCCUACGACCACGCAGGCAACGCCCACAACUUCUGACACCAGUGCUGUCGUGCAAUCCAGUGCCGUCGAGUCCAGUGCCGUCGAGUCCAGCUCCGUUGAGUCUAGCCCCGUCGAGUCCGUCCAGUCUACUGUCGCUGCUCAGAUUUCCACCACCGAAUCUCUCCCAUCUUCAGCUCAGACUUCUAGCACCGAUUCGGUCCAGUCAUCGGCUCAGGUGACCACCACUCCCGAGUCUUCAGCCGCCAUCUCGACCUCUGAGGCUAUCACUAGCUCUAUUGCUCAGACCACCUCGGAAGUCGUCAGCUCGAGCAUUGUGGCCGUCUCCAGCACCCAGGCCACCUCCACUUUGGAGCCAGAGCCCACCACACCCGUGUCGUCGUCUGGUAUCCUCCUGGCACCCACGGGCGUCGUGACCUCGGCGUCCAACACGGAGCCCGCUACCUCGACUUCCAGCCAGGAAACCUCGAACGCUGUUGCCAGUAGCGCUGUUCCGAACGUCAACUCCACCGAGCCUGCAGUGUCUUCUUCCUUGGAGAGCUCCGUCGUCCUCCCCGUUGAGACAACUUCCGCCUCUGCCGUGCAGUCGACUCCGCCCGCCGAAAAGGUCUCCACCACCGAGACUAGUUCCGCUGUCGUCUCGGAGACCAGCAAGCUCGCCAACCCUCUGGAUCCGAUUGUUUCCUUCGUGUCCAGCGAACUGCCUAUUCCGACCAACACAACCGAGCCCAUUGCCAAUGCCACCUCCGUCACCGAAGUUCCUCUCCUGUCGACAUCUGAUCUCGUUAUCCCAACCCCCACAGCUCUCCCGGCCCCUACCGAUCCCACGACCACGACACUUCCCGUCGCGACUGAGCCUGUAGCGAACGUAACGUCCUCGGCCGAUGUUACUGCCAACCCUACCACGUCGCUGCCUGUUCCAGUCGAGUCCGCUGUGAACGUCACGUCCACUGAGCCCUCGGCUGAGCCCACGACAACCCUACCUGCUGCCAGCGAGCCGGUCGUCAACAUCACGUCCUCCACCGAUAUCCCUGUUUCUGUUCCCACGACCGUUCUGCCCACCACUGACAUUGUCAACGCCACCUCGACCGAGAUACCUGUGGGACAGACGACGACCAGCACUCCUGUGACCCUUACGGACGGUGUGACGUCCGCACCCUCGACUUCGGCCACUGGCAGCGUUGAGAUACCUGUCAACGGUACCUCCACCGAGGUUCCGGUGACUACGACUCAGCUUCCGACCUUAACCGAGCUUCCCACGUCCGUCACUACCAUCAGCAACGCCACCGAGACCAGCAGCGUGACUCUAGUACCCACUGCCACCGCCUCUCUGUCAUCCUCCUCGAUCGUCAAUGAGACGGCUACCGCCACGGAGCCCUUUCUGACCACCAGCGAAACCCUCACCUCCGCUACGGAAACACCGGCUUCAACGAGUGUUCCUGUGAACACGACCACGGAGGUUCUCUCGGAGACUCUUGUGGAGACGACGCCCACGCCCACGCUGCCACCCACGACCACCCCUGUGGUCAUCAGCAUCCCGGCCACGGCUACGAUCACCGACUCUGAGUCAUGGCUCCCGAGCACCAUCAUUGUGGAGCUGUCUACUUCGCUCAGCACACCCACGGAAGCUCUAGCUCCCACGUCAACGGUUCCGCUACCCUCCGAUCUACCCAAGGUCAUCAGCGGCCCCGAGCCCAACGUUGAACAGCCCAAGGACUCUAUGCUUCUCCAGAUUGGUUUCUUGCACGGCGAGAACUACCAGCAUGUCAGCAAGAACCCUAACGCCGCCGCCCAGAUCUUCACCUUCCUGCCUAAGGCUCUGGCGGAUGCGGCCGGUCUUGAUGUCGACCAGAUCCGCAUGACGAAGCUCGUCCCAUACGAUACCUCUCAGACUCUCGGCUACAUCACCACGCUCGCCAAGUUCUAUUACCCUAAGAGCAUGGUCGACACGCUUCGCAUGGACAUCAAAAUUCCUAACUCGGCCAUCUACAACAACCCGGACCAGCUCGUUUACAACCUGACGCAGAACAUCAACCCCGCCAUCGAGAUCAUUCCAGGCUCCGAGGAUGACGGCAGCUCUACCGGCGGCGACGGGUCUUCGUCAACCUCGACCCCCAACGACCCCAACGACCCUCUCGGCGGCGGCGACAGCUCCCAGCAGUCCCCUAUCCAGAAGGGCACCGCGGCUGCCAUCGGCAUCGGCGCCGUUGGCGUUGCUGCCGCAUAUGGUGCCGCCAUGUUCAUCAUUGCCCGCCGUUACAAGCAGAAGAAACAGGCGCACCGCCGAGCCAGCUCCCUCACCUCGUCCGAGAUGCGCUACACUGGCGCUGGCAGCCCGCCCAUGAUGGGCGGUGCGCUGAUGAGCCGUGAUUUCUCCAACUACGGUGGGGUCGCCGGCGGCCGCGAAAGCCAUGGCAGUGGCCGGACCGGUCGAAGUGGCAUGGGCAACUCGGCGAGGACAGCUAUCAUCUCGGCCCCAGUUGCUGCCGAGAACUCUCUUGGCUGGAACUGA